UACAACGGGGGCUUCUACCUCAGCUAGGUUAAGCCACUGUUCGCUCGCAUCCCAACCCCGUUUCCGUGGCUGCGUUGCGUUGCCUUGCCUGGAGCACCCAAGGGAGGAACAUCCCAAUUCCAAUCAACAGCUCCACUCCACCUGAAUCGGGAAUAAGGAAAUCCAGAAACCCGUAUUCCGUCGCAAUGGCGUCAAAAUUCGGACUAGCGGGCGGCAUACCUGAGCGGCGGGUGAGACCAAUCUGGGACGCCGUUGAUUCUCGCCAGUUCAAGAACGCCCUCAAGCUUUCCGCCGCGCUGCUCUCGAAAUACCCUAAUUCGCCUUACGCCAUGGCUUUGAAGGCUUUGAUAUUGGAAAGAAUGGGAAAGAACGAGGAGGCGCUAUCUGUUUGUUUGAAUGCUAAAGAUAUUUUGUGCUCCAAUGACUCGAAUGUCUUCGUGGACGACCUCACCCUCAGCACUUUGCAGAUUGUAUUCCAGAGACUUGAUCACUUGGAUAUGGCGACAAGCUGUUACGAGCACACAUGUGCUAAAUAUCCCAAUAAUUUGGAAUUGAUGAUGGGCCUAUUCAACUGCUAUGUUCGAGAGUAUUCGUUUGUCAAGCAGCAACAGAUAGCUAUAAAAAUGUACAAGAUUGCUGGUGAAGAAAGGUUCCUACUUUGGGCUGUUUGCAGUAUUCAGUUACAGGUUUGUUGCGGCAGUGGGGAAGAGAAGCUUUUCCUUUUAGCCGAAGGUUUAUUAAAGAAACAUAUAGCUUCUCAUGGUUUGCAUGAGCCAGAAGCUCUCAGUGUGUAUAUGUCUUUGUUGGAGCAACAAAAGAAGUAUGGUGAUGCAUUGGAAAUCCUCUCUGGGAAAUUAGGAUCCCUUAUGAUGAUUGAAGCAGACAAACUACGACUACAGGGAAGGCUUCUUGCUAGGGCAGGAGAUUACACUGCAGCUGCUGGUAUAUUUCAAAAGAUUAUUGAACUAUGUCCUGAUGACUGGGAGUGUUUCCUGCAAUACCUUGGUUGUCUGCUGGAGGAUGAAAGAUUAUUGAUCAAAGAGAAUGAUUCCAUUCAUUCACAAAGAUCUGAUUGCAAUAAUUUGCGUAUAUCAGAGGAACUGUUUGAUUCACGUAUGUCCAAUGCAGUGAACUUCAUAAAUAAAUUAUUGGUGCAAGAAAGCAAGGAUACUGUGAGAUGUCCUUAUUUGGCACAUCUUGAGAUUGAAAGGAGAAGGAUUCUGUUUGGUAAAGGUGAUGCUAAAAAAUUAGUUGAGGAUCUGAUGGAGUAUUUUAUCAGGUUUGGUCACUUGGCUUGUUUCCAUACAGAUGUUGAAACUUUUAUUCAAGUUCUUGAUCAUAAUAAGAAGAAUGAGUUUUUCUCAAAAAUAUCGAAGGAGUGCGAAACUAGUGCCAGUCUGCCAGCAAAAGCACUUGGCCAGACUAUAAAUAUGUUCAAAAUCCAGAACUUAAUUGGUGAUGUAUUCACCCUUCCUGUGGAUGACCUCGAGGACUUAGCUGUGCGAAUGACGGAACAGUUCUGUAAGAAUCUCCCCUUGUCAAAAGAUUUGGAUAUGCAGGAAAGUAUGCAUGGUGAAGAUCUUUUGUCAAUGGCCUGCAAUUUGCUGGUGCAGCUGUUUUGGAGGACUAAGAAUCUCAGCUAUUUGCUAGAGUCAAUUAUGGUUCUGGAGUUUGGAUUGGCAAUCCGAAGAUAUGUGUGGCAGUAUAAGAUAUUGUUAGUGCAUCUUUAUUCUUUUUGGAAUUCUCUCCCGUUAGCUUAUGAAAGCUAUAAAUCAUUGGAUGUGAAGAAUAUUUUGUUGGAGACGGUAUCUCACCACAUUUUACCUCAGAUGUUAGAAUCUCCCAUGUGGGCAGAUUUGAAUAAUCUCUUGAGGGAGUAUUUAAAAUUCAUGGAUGAUCACUUUCGAGAAUCUGCAGAUCUCACAUUCCUGGCUUAUCGACAUAGGAACUACUCAAAAGUAAUUGAAUUUGUCCAAUUCAAGGAAGGAUUGCAGCGCUCUAGUCAAUAUUUAAUGGCAAAGAUUGAAACACAAAUUUUACAGCUAAAGCAAAACUCAAACAAUAUUGAUCAGGAAGAGGCAAUUCUGGAAAGCUUGAAUUGGGGAACUCACUUUAUUGAGCUAUCAAAUGAGAUUGGAAAGAAGUCUAUGACAUUUAAUGAAGACUUGGAGUUUCGACCUUGGUGGACUCCAACUUAUGAUAAAAAUUAUCUCUUGGGGCCCUUUGAAGAUAUCUCCUAUUGUCCCAAAGAACACAAGGAUAAGCAGAUCAAGAAAAUGCAGGGAAAUGUUAUCAAAACCAUAGAGAAAAGAUCUCUUCUUCCAAGGAUGAUAUAUCUAUCAAUACAUUCUGCUUCAGGCUCAGUGAAAGAGAACAUAGAAUCCAACGGGUCAAUUAUCAAUCCAAAGCUCUCACUGGAGCUGAAAAUUUUACUGGAGCGGUAUGCUAAGAUCUUAGACUACCCAUUCCAAGAUGCAGUAGAGCUUGUCUCCGGAUUCUCUAGUGGUCAGGAAACUAAUGAGGCUUCUUUGAAUCCAGACAUAAUUGAUUGGAUGAAUUUUGCCGUGUUCCUGAAUGCCUGGAAUUUAGCUUCCAACGAGAUCAAGUUUCCGAAUGGUAACACCUGGAAUGUUGUCAAUAUUUUACUGAGGAAGUUUGUCAAGGAGACUCUCAUAUCGGCCGGAUCCUUCACAUCUUCUCCCGGAACCCAACUCUCUUUACUAGUGCAGCUGGUAACCGAGCCCCUAUCAUGGCAUGCCUUGAUCAUACAGUCCUGUGCCCGGGCCCUACUCCCGUCCAACAAAAAGAAAAAGAAAGGCGGAUCCCAUGAACAGUCCCAUUCGAAUUCCCAAGUGUUGCGCGAAAUACAGAACUCAAUCCAGUCUCUCUGCGACACAAUACAGAUAGUCACUAAAUGGCUGAAAGAGCAGCUGGACAUUCCCGAGGAUCAGACUUCCGAUGCCAUCUUCUCCUCACUUCUAGAGAACAACAAAAGCCAUGGUCCCGGGAAGGUCUUCCAAAUACUUCAAUCGACCCUUUCAUCGACAAAGGAUGGCAGUGAAGUAGGCCCCCGAAUUUUUGAGGCAGUGCAGUCUUGGAGCCCUGCAGGAGUUGUGAGGAAGAUCGUUGCCGGACAGCGCAGUUUGCUGUCGGAAUUCCUGAAAAUCUGUGAGGUGAGAAUGAAAUCGUUGCAGGUUGUUAAGGCUCAGUUGUAGUGUGGUCCGAAAUUUGUUAUUUGUUUUCACCAUUUGAGGGUACCCAAUCCAAUCUGUUCUUCACUUUUUGUUUUGGCUUGGUCUUUGGGGUUUUAUACUUAAUUAUUCAUCAGAAGAAAAGAGUGACGAAAGAGCCUUUUUUAUGUCAUGAGGAUGAUUUAUUGGCUUCAUGACAAUUUUUUUUUUUUUUUAUUAUUAUUUUUCAUGUACCAUUUUGAUUUGGAAUAAAUGUUGUCUUUUGAUAGAAUUUUUUGUUUUGAGAUUGUGUUAAGAAAAGUAAAAUGCUUUGAGCCAAGUUUGUCUAUGGUAUUACCAUAUAGAAUAUUGCAUUGAUAUACUCUUUUCAUCUACAUGCGUUUUAGU